UGCUGUCAUUCUUUGAUUGUGCGACGAGUACUAAAUUCGUUGUUUUUGUAAAAAAAUCCGUCUGAAAAUGCCCUGAUCAUCAAAUCCCCAUAAAAUAAAAUACAACAUCAUGUCUUAUAUAAAUGAGCCAGUGCUCAAUAUAAUAGUUGUGGGUUUUCACCAUAAAAAAGGCUGCCAGGUGGAGCACUGUUACCCCGAGUUGGUCCCUGGCCGGCCCACUGAGCUGCCCUCGGCAUGGCGGCAUCUUCCAGCAUUGGCAUUGCCCGACGGUUCUCAUAAUUACCUAUCUGAUACUAUAUUUUUCCACCUACCAGGGCUAACUGAGCCUGCGCAUACUGUGUAUGCAAUAUCCUGUUUCCGGCAAAUCCCAAUAGAGCAAGUGGUACAAAAAACAGAGGACAUGACAAGAAGUUCAGUUCAAAAGAGUGUCUGUGUUGUGUGCCAGUGGCCCCUGUUUGGAAGGCUGGCGGUGAAGAUGGAGCUGGUAGUCAGAGCAUGGUUCCUGCAGGGAGACUUCUCACAGACCAAGCUUCUGGAAGAUGCAUACACACACCUCAACAGCUGCCCUGUUCAGAUUGAUCAAACACUAGAAGGUUUAUCAGUCCUCCGGCUAGUGGAGUCGUGGCGGCACAAGGCGCUGCUUCUGUUCAAGCUGCUGCUUCUCCGGCGGCGGGUGCUGGUGUACGGCGCGCCGGCCGGGCCGCUGUCGGCCGCGCUGCUCACGCUGGUGUCGCUGCUGCCGCGCUGCCUGGAGCACGGGCUGGGCAAAGCCGCUAAUGUCGUAUUGUCCAGGCCAUUAUCUCCCAUCCCUAUGGCACUAGAUAACAAAUCGGAGGACAUUGUUGACACCGCAACCGACAUCGUGAACGAGCCGUACAUAAACGGUUCAACUCAAAUAGAUGACGAACUUACGCCUAAAGAAUCUGGAAAUUUAAUGGAAGAAAAGGAUAGAGUUAGCCGGCAGAGCUUUGAUGAAACGCUACUAGCAGAUGUUGACAGACAAGACUUAACUAGCAGAGACAAAUGCCACAGCGUUGGGGAAAAGUACAAAACUCAAAAACCACUAGUCGAAGCCCAGCAAAGCCCAACUAUGGCUAGAGAUAUGAGCGUUGAUGGCUUGUACAACUUAACAAGUCAGAUUGACCAAACUGAGUGCGGGCUUCCAUUAUCACUAUUCGAGGAUGGUUAUCUCUGUCUACCAUACUUAUCUUUACAGUACUUAGAUCUUUUGUCAGAUCCAGCCGUACAGGGUUUCGUGGUGGGUGCGUCUAAUGUUUUAUUUAAGCAGAAACGUCAGUUGUUCGAUGUGCUCGUAGAGCUGAAUGAGAUGAGGAUAGAGACAGGGGAUUUGAUGCUGCGAAGACAGCUGGCGCUCGGGACGGAAGACCUGAGGUUUGCUGACCACGUGGUGCGGCACGGCGCUUCGCAGGGCGACGCGUGGAUACGAGACCAAUUUGCCAGCUACUUAAUUUACCUCUUAAGGACAUCUUUACUGCCAGAGGGUAGUCGGGAAAUCGACCCGUACAAUGCUCAAUUCAUGUCGGCGUUCAAAGCCACACCGGCGUACCAGCAGUGGCUGAAGACGACCAACAACGGUGACGUCGAGGCGUUCGCUAACCUCGCGCCGAUCCAUCCGUUCGCCGGGCAGCUAUCCGUGGCUGAUAUGAAGCUUAAAAUCGCGCACUCCAUGUCGACGAGCGAGGGCGGGCGCAAGGUGACGGCGGCGGUGGCGAGUACGGGCCGCGCCGUGGCCACCACGUCGCGCGCCGUCGGCGGCGCGCUGUCGCAGGCGCGCGGCGCGCUCUCGGGCUGGUGGAGCGCGCUCACCGCGCCGCCGCCGCUCCACGCCGACGCCGACCCCGAGCUCGCCGAGCACGCCGACCCCGCCGGAGACAACAGGAGGGACGAGCGCGCCGACACGCCCGACCCUCCCGACAAAUCCAUAGAGGAAACCUCCACCGCCCUCAAUAAAAUACAGGUCGUAUAAUCGGACGCGUACGUACGUUUUGAUUGUCGCUUCGUAGUAUUCUAGAUAUCUAAAUUAGGUCUAUUGUAAAUAUAAUUCCGUGUAGUAUGUUCCUUGUAACGGUGUAUCCGGCCGUCGAGUUGUAGCGAUGGUGGCCAUUAGAUUUUUUUACAGUGAUAUCCAUACUAAUAUU